UAACAAAAGGUCUGGAAGACGUUGACGUAAGCCGCUCCCUGCCAGCGAGGUGACGUCAGAGGGCGUGUCCAAACGAAGGAGAGAGGGGAGUCGACGAUGGGAGACAGUUUUCACGAGCAGCUGAUAGAGGACAGCGCCUUCCUCAAAUCGGACCGCAGACUGGACACAGAGCUGGUGGACAAACUCAUUCUGCAGCUCAACAGAAUCUACCCGCAGAUCCUCACAGACAGGGAGGCCACCAAAUUCCGAAACUUGGACGUGCCCACUGGUUUUCGACUGGGUGAGCUCCUGACACAUCUGCAGGGCAAAGGCGAGGAAGCAUGCAGGGAGUUUUACAGGGCUCUCCACUUGCAUGUAGAGGAGGUAUACUACAGCUUGCCCACACGGCUCCGCCUGAGAGAUUCCUUGGAUCCACUUGUAUAUCCAUGUGUGUACCAACAGAGACAUGUUCUGAACGACAGAGGUCCCCUCUUCUUUCUGGGCUGUUUCGGUGUUGCCGUGGGAAUGGCUUUACUCUAUUACUACAGUGAAGCUAAAGUGACGGGAGGCAGUCGGGCCCUUGGGAUGGCUGCUCUGGGUCUGAAAAGAAAAGCUCAGGAGGUUCUUAUUUGGUACACCGAAGGCAGCCUCAUGAAUUAGGGUGUGAUUCCUUCGCACCAGGUGCUUCAACAGUACUGCUAAAUUGAAUACUGUUCAUACCAAAGCACAGCACACUGUAUCUUUUCAAAGGUUCAGUACAAAUUUUAUACAUAGUUUUAUAUAUUAUUUUGUUACAUUUGGUGCUUUGCUCCUCUUUUCUUUCAUGGUUAUGUCUCUUUAAAUACGGUAAAGUAAUGAAUACAUCCGAAUUAAAUCAGGAACAAGAAGAUUAAAUGAUGUCUUUUACAAACUAAAAAAAAACUGAUUGUAUUGUUGACAAAAUGAGGCAUGAAAUAACUAAGUACUGACACUGGGGACAUUCUUGGCUAUAUAGGACAUUUUAUGUCACUACAGAAAAGUAAGCCUGCAGUUAAUCAGUAUAUUUUGGUGUGUGACUCAGACCGGCCUCAUUUUCUACCUUAGUCGGAUUCUUACACACUUAAACUAUUGUUUGUAGUGUGCUGAACCACGUACAUUUAUUUGGGUAAUGAAGAAUUAUGCUGCCUUAUCUGCUUAGUCACCACUGAUAUCAAGCAUAUUAAAAUAAUUUCAAUGUCCACGAUCGCCAUCCUACGGCCAGUAGAGGAGCUACAGCACCAAACAUAGUUUGAUUUGUGUCGGUUUCAAAAGAGCUUCUUGAAAUUCUGGUUUUCACAUAUAGACAAAAGAGAGAGAGAGAGAGAUUAUUCCGGUGGACAGAUAGAAACCACAUCGAGCAGGGGCUGCGUGGUGGUAUUUCAGACGAGUUCGUAGUGAGCUUUGAAAUCACGUGAUUGCUUCAACCAAUAAUAUCCCGCCCUACCAGCGCAGUGCAUUGUAGGUAGCAUUACGACCAAAAACGAACCAAAAUAUACAAACAUCGAAGAAUUGUAAUGAUGAAGCGUAUCCACCGAUCAUCCGGAUUUAAAGGAAACACACACGUUGUGUUUUGGAGAUGUGUAGAUUUAACGCUCAUAAAUCAGGAAAUGCACCAUAAGUGAAACCACGUUGAAUAAUUGCGUGAAUAUAAGGUGACGUUUCCCUGGUUAAGGGUGUGUUGUAUGAAAGGAGAGAAGGUUAGCACUCCCCUUGACAAGGAUGGAAUUGGCCCCUGUGGCCUGCAACACAUAUACGGUUAAGGCACUGCCACUUACUUCGUGGCAUCUCUAACCAUGUUUUU